AUUUUUAUUUUAUUCAGACAAGUAUUUUGAGACUUAUGGUAAUUGGCAUGCAAAGGUUGUAUGCUAAGUCUGUCAAAUGUUACAAAAAUGGAUGCAGGUUAGUUACAUGAAUUUUUCUCUUGUCAUAUGUCCCCUGAAUUUUGCACAUAUAUUGUAAUAUACCAGUGGUAAUAGCAGUGGGGUAUAAAGCUAUUAAAUUGCUUUAUAACAGACUCCUGUUUUGCAAGCAUGAAAGGCAAACAUGACAUGAUUAAAAAUUCAAUGCACGCGCUAAGCACUGUAAAGGGCGUUUAUUAAAGUGAACUGUUAUAUUUUAACCUCCCUUCGAGGCGAGAUAUGAAAUGUAGCAAGACUGUGGGUGACGUCUCAACAAAAGCACUACAUUUACCACAAUGCCUAAGAAUAAAUUAAAAUGUUGCAUCAUCAAAACGCGCCGUUGCUCUGGUAACGUUGGUGAGUUUCAGCCAUUCAGCUAGCUAUCUUUUAGACUUCGAUUUUGAUGCCAAAAAUAAGCUCGGACACGCUAUGGGAAUUGGCUGCGGCGGAGGUCCACAGUCGGGAGAGCGGAGGCGUCGAGGAAGACCGAGGCGAGACAGUCAGCGAGAGGACCGUAUUUUUAAUGGGGAGCAAGGCAGGGGGUAAAACGUCUAUUCUCCUCAGAUGCCUCGACAGGGAUGAAACAUCCAAACCAACUCUGGCUCUGGAGUACACUUUCGGAAGAAGGGCCCGAGGACACAACACACACAAAGAUGUAGCCCACCUAUGGGAGCUGGGAGGAGGGACUUCUUUGUCUGACUUGGUCCAGAUCCCCAUCACUCCUGUCAGUAUCAGGUCUCUCUCUGUCAUCCUCAUUCUGGACCUAUCGAAGCCCAAUGCCCUGUGGGGAACCAUGGAAAAGCUGCUGCAGGCCACACAGGCUCAGCUAGAAAAAGUCACAGCACAGCGAGCAGAAAAGCCCAAAGCAGAAGCCAAAUGCCAGAUGCCAGUCCACUCAAUAACACAUGUCUUACCUAAAGACCAUCCUGACAGAGAGCUGAUCAGGCCCUUUCCUGUUCCUCUGCUCAUAAUUGGUAGCAAGUAUGACACCUUUCAGGAAUUUGACUCUAACAAGAAGAAAGUGAUUAGUAAAGCACUGCGUUUUAUUGCCCACUACUACGCUGCCUCUCUUAUUUUCACUAGCAUCAAGUCAGAGAGCCUUAUGUCAAAAGCCAAGAGCUUCUUCUCCCACCUGGCUUUCGGUCUGGACAGAGGAAAAACAGUUUGCUAUGAGUCCGCCAAGCCUCUCAUCAUUCCAGCAGGUUCUGACUCCUUUAGCCAAAUAGGUUCUCCUCCUAUUAAUGAUGUGGACAUGAGUUCCCUGCAUGCCAAAACCCCAAAGGACCUCUGGAAGAAAGCCUAUGAGCAUGUCUUCCCUCAAGAGCAGAGUACAAGUGAGCAGAGGGAUCUAAAGGAUCCAGCCAAAGACUCACAAUACAGUGAGCCUCAGAUUGAUGCCAUGAGAACCCAGAAAGACCAGGAGUUGGAGCAGUAUAAGAGAAAUGCAGCUAAGUCAUGGAAAGGACUAGACCUGGAGACAGAGAGAUAAUCAGCCUCAUGGUCACACACACGUACACCACAUAUUUAUCAGGAGAGCAGGGAGAAAGGAGUAGAGGAGAACAAAGUCUAGUGUGUAGCGGGACAGAGCGCCAGGA